UUCUAGGCUAAGUGUUAGCAGACUCUCUGAGAUGGAUGGGGAAGACCUGGAGCCUGAGGACUCUUCCUGUUGCUGUAUUCAGUUUCACGAUGGCCUCCCUCGCUGCAGCAAAUGGAGAAUUUUGCUUCAACUUGUUCAGAGAGAUGGAUAACAAUCAAGGAAGUGGAAAUGUGUUCUUUUCCUCUCUGAGCCUCUUCACUGCUCUGGCCCUCAUUCGUCUGGGUGCGAGAGGUGACUGUGCUUCUCAGAUUGAUAAGGUGCUUCAGUUUAACAGGGUCUCUGGACAUGCAAACUCUUCCAGUUCUCAGCCAGGACUCCAUUAUCAACUGAAAAGAAUUCUUUCUGAUAUAAACACAUCCCACAAGGAUUAUGAACUCAGCAUUGCAAAUGGACUUUUUGCAGAAAAAGUGUUUGAUAUCCGAAAGGACUAUGUUGAUCGUGCUGAGAAAUUAUAUAAUGCCAAAAUGAAAAGAGUUGACUUUACAAAUGAUAUAAAAGAAACAAGAUAUAAAAUUAAUAAAUGGAUUGAAAAUGAGACACAUGGCAAAAUCAAGAAAAUCUUUCCUGAAGAUACCAUAAGCUCCUCUGCUGUCAUGGUGCUGGUGAAUGCUGUGUACUUCAAAGGCAAAUGGAAAUCUGCCUUCACCAAAAGUGAGACCCGACAUUGCCAGUUCAGAUCUCCCAAGUGUCCUAGGAAAGCAGUGGCCAUGAUGCAUCAAGAACGGAGGUUCAAUUUGUCUGUCAUUAAGGAUCCAUCCAUGCAGGUGCUUGAGCUCAAAUAUCAUGGUGGCAUAAGCAUGUACGUAAUGCUGCCUGAGAAUGACCUGUCCCAGAUUGAAAACAAACUGACCUUUGGGAAUCUAAUGGACUGGACCAAUCCAAGAAGAAUGAGACCUCAGUAUGUUGAAGUGUUUUUUCCCCAGUUCAAGAUAGAAAAGAAUUAUGAAAUCAAUCACCAUUUAAAAGCCCUAGGGUUGAGCGAUAUCUUUGAUGAAUCCAGAGCUGAUCUUUCUGGUAUAGCUGCAGGAGGCCGUCUAUACAUUUCAAAACUGAUGCACAAAUCUUACAUUGAGGUUACAGAAGAGGGCACGGAAGCAGCUGCCGUGUCAGGAAGUGAGGUGGUAGAGAAGCAACUCCCUGAUUUUAGGGUGUUCAAAGCUGAUCACCCAUUCCUAUUUGUCAUUAAGAAGGAUGAUAUCAUCUUGUUUAGUGGCAAAGUCUCUUGUCCUUGAAAAUCCAAUUGGUUUCCAUUAUAAUAGUCCCUGAAACAUCAAGGAACCACCACAAGUUAAUAGAUUUAAAUCGAACUGGAAGCAUGUGGUGUUUCCUUUGGGUUAACUUCCUUCUAACAUUGGUUGGUAGAUGAUUUUGGUGACUUGACCCUUCUUAGACAGCUGGUCGAUUGUCCUGAUCUUGCUCUUAUCAGUUCUACGACCAUGUACCUCACCCAUUUCUAAUUUCAUUGUCUUUCUACACACACUUAUUUCUACCAGUCUUCACUACAGCCAUGUGCACAAAGAUUUGGGUAUAACAUCCAGGAAUUGUGGAAUGCUUUACUGAUAAUGGUAGAAUAGUAAUGGAGAAGCAGUCCUAAGGAUAUUUUUUGAAACAGUAGUUAUCACAGAUAUUCUAGUUUCACUGUAAAUGAUCUAGGAAUAAGUCCAGCUGCAGGAAAAACAUGUGAAGGAUAACUUUUCCUUGCUAAGCUAAGAAGACAUUAGAAUUUACUUUAAUACAUCUGAUUUGAAAUUAGUGUCUAAUAUAGAUGCUAAAAGAUAGGAUUUGGGAUUGGGACCAACUGAAAUAUUACAUUAAUAAUUUUGAAUUGACAUCUUUUGGCCUUUCCUUGACAGAAACUUGACAUGUACAUAGUUUUUCAAAUAUUAAAUAUCUUUUAAUUGUUGCCAGUUAUUAUUUACAGUAUAUUAUUUCAUAUGCUGUGUAGUUUGUAAUUUUUUUCUCUAUCAGAAUAAAGAAAUACAAUAUAA